GAAGUUUUCUGUGGAGCCAGGCAGUGCUGGAGACGUGUCCUUCACUGAGGGUUGCUGAGAUUCCAUCGUCUCCCCUUGUGCCUGCUCCCUGCCUUCAAAGCCAGCCUUGGACAGCUGCGCCAAUCUUCCCAGCACGGAUUCCAACAUCCCUUCUCUCUGGGCCCAACACCUGAAUCUUGCCUUCGAAACCAGUCCUCGGUGCCUUCGCUUGAGUGCCUGGUGUCUCCCCAGGGGCCCUCAUCCUGGGCCAUGGCCCAGAGGGCAGGCCUGGGGCCUAGGCAGCUGGAGACUAUGGCCAUUCUGCUUUUGCUUGGACUAUUCCGGACCGGGUUGGGAGCUGAAGGGGCCGGGUCCGAAGGCUUUUGCGGUGUGGCCUCCCAAGCGCGCAUCACAGGCGGUAACAGUGCAACCCCUGGCCAGUGGCCCUGGCAGGUCAGCAUCAUCUAUGAUGGCAUCCAUGUGUGUGGUGGUUCUCUCGUAUCUGAUCAGUGGGUGCUCUCGGCUGCUCACUGCUUUCCAAGGGAGCACCUCAAGGAAGAGUACGAGGUAAAGCUAGGGGCCCACCAGCUGGACUCCUACACCCCUUCGGCCGAAGUCCGCACCGUGGCACAGAUAAUUUCCCACACCAGUUACCGCCAUGAGGGUUCCCAGGGGGACAUUGCACUCCUCCGUCUCAACAGCCCCAUCACCUUCUCUCGCUACAUCCGGCCCAUCUGCCUCCCUGCAGCCAACGCCUCCUUCCCCAAUGGCCUCCAAUGUACUGUCACUGGAUGGGGCCAUGUGGCCCCCUCAGUGAGCCUCCAGGCCCCCAGGCAACUGCAGCAACUUGAGGUGCCACUGAUCAGUCGUGAAACUUGUAACUGCUUGUACAACAUCGACGCCAAGCCUAAUGAGCCCCACUCUAUCCAGCAGGACAUGGUGUGUGCUGGCUAUGUAGAGGGGGGCAAGGAUGCCUGCCAGGGUGACUCUGGGGGCCCACUCUCCUGCUCCGUUGGAGGCCUCUGGUACCUGGCAGGCAUCGUGAGCUGGGGUGAUGCCUGUGGGGCCCCCAACAGACCUGGUGUGUAUACGAUGACCUCCAGCUAUGCCUCCUGGAUUCACUACCAUGUAGCAGAGCUCCAGCCUCGGGUGGUUCCCCAAAUCCAGGAGUCCCAGCCCGAUAUCCACCUCUGCAGGAAUCAUCUGCCCUUCAACUCUGCUCCAGGCCAGGGUUUGUUGGGGCCCAUCGUUUUGCUGCCACUAGCUCUGACCCUGGGCCUCCUCUACCCAUGACAGGAGCCCUGAGUGACUCGCCCUAGGAGUCAACCUUUGCUUCCAGGAUCUCCAUGUUGUACCCAAGGACAGAUGCCCAUUCCUAGGAAUGGACCCAGCCACUCCUUCAUAUUCUUUGGGCAUUUGAGUCACUCCUUCCUCCCAGGACCCUUCGGAAGUUCAGGGCACCAUACUGACUUUUGAGCCCACUCUCCUGGGCUGGGCUUGUUCUUUGGAGCUACAACUGAAAGCCAGGAGUGGUACUGGCUAGAACUUCUGGCCACCUGCUGUUCAUAAGCCUAUUGGUGGGGCUCCUAUGGAGCCCCAAGGAGCCUUAGUUAAGAAAUUGUGCCCUGGCUCUUAUGUUUCUAGAAAACUGGGCAACUGCCCCGCUGAUUGCUGCUGAAGGGCUGGCUCCAGGGCCCAACCCUUUCUGCCUAAUGAGCCCCACAGCUUCACCCUCUUGCUGUCUUCUGGGCUAGGGCAGCCUCUGAGCAGCAUGUUUUUAAAGACUCAACCAUGCCCACUGGUUGCCAUGCCCCCCUUGAGCCCUGAUCCCCAGACUCCGGAGGACUGAGCCCCCACCGGAACUGGGCUUGGGCUUGGGCCCAGGGUGGAGGGUAGAA